GAAUGGUGCUCAAGUGUGAACUCCCGGGAGGGCGCUGUUUUGGACAGGCUCUUGGGGGUGAGGACGCUGUGUGUCUGUGCAAAGCCUGGAGAAGCAAGGGCAUUAGGACCAGGAGUGAGACGCACGCUUGGCUCCCGUCGCGUCUGGCAGAGGGUUCCUGCAGAGCUGGAGGUACGCGUGAGAGGAAACCCGGACAGUGCCUGCUGGCUUGACAUCUGUUGCUCUGACGAGACUCAAGGCAUCCAAAGGAGGUUGUCUGUCAUCUUGACUUGACUGAACCCCCAGACAGCCUGUAGAACCUGACCACUCAUGCAGAGGGGGCAGGGACAUGGGGCUAAUCACCAGAGCAGGGUGGACAAGAGCAGGGUGAGAGGGGAGCCAACCACCAGAGAUCCUUCUCAGAAGACAGCUAACACUCAGAGAGGACCCAGGACCCCAGGCUCCGGUGACUUUCUGAUUCUAGAGGGCAGUGGGUCUUACAGAUGCUGUUAGCAAAUGUCUGGUGGAUUAAAAGAAGCAGGUGACUGGCAAAAGCCUUUCAGCUGGAAUGAACGGCCCAGGUUCAGUUACAAGCCUGAAGGUACCUGGAUAGCAAGGAGGCAACGAACUUGAUCAGGACCUGUUGCUUCGGGCGAGUGGCUGCGACAUGCUCCUGAGGACGCGACCCAGGAGUGGACGUUCCAGGCUUCAGUUCCUCCUACUCUCACUGACUCUGGGAUGUGUCCUGAUGAUGCUGAUCGUGCUGCACUCUCCCCCGCCCACCCUGCACCAGGCUGUCACAGCCCAGGCUAACAAACACAGCCCUGACGCGGGGUAUCGCCUGGACUUUGGGGACUCUCAGGAGUGGGUUCUGGAGGCCGAGGCUGAGGGUGAGGAGUACAGUUUCUUGGAUGGCCUGCCACCCCUCAUCUCCCUGCAGGAGGAUCAACUGCUGGUGGCUGUGGCCUCACCCAGAGCUAGGAGGAGUCAGAGCCAGGGCCGGAGACAGGGCAGCUACCAGUUCAUCAAACACACGAGCAGGAGGCAGGAUGACCAAGCUCCUGAGAAGGAUUGGAGGACUGAGGAGGAUGGGGAGGAAUCAGAAGAAGAGGCACUGACCCCAAACAAGCCACUCGGUGCCCGCCUGCCCCUGAGGAGAGUCCUGCCUGAGGUACGGCACCCACUGUGUCUGCAGCAGCACCCUACAAGCGGCCUGCCUACAGCCAGUGUCAUCCUCUGCUUCCACGAUGAGGCCUGGCCCACGCUCUUGAGAACUGUGCACAGCAUCCUGGACACAGCACCCCGGGCCUUGCUGCAGGAAAUCAUCCUCGUAGAUGACCUCAGCCAGCAAGAACCACUGAAGUCUGCUCUCAGUGAAUACGUGGCCGGGCUGGAGGCUGUAAAGUUGCUCAGGAGUAACAAGAGACUUGGCACUAUCGGGGCCCGGAUGCUGGGGGCCACCAGGGCCACGGGGGAUGUGCUGGUCUUCAUGGACACCCACUGCGAGUGCCACCCUGGCUGGCUGGAGCCCCUCCUCAGCAGAAUAGCUGGUGACAGGAGCCGAGUGGUGUCCCCGGUCAUAGACGUGAUUGACUGGAAGACACUUCAGUACUCUGCAUCCACGCUGCAGCGAGGGGCGCUGGACUGGAAGCUGGAUUUCCGAUGGGAGGCCCUGGGGGAGCAGGAGCUGAAGGCCCUCCCAUCCCCCAUCAGCCCCAUCAGGAGCCCUGUGGUACCCCAAGAGGUGGUGGCUGUGGACAGACAUUACUUCCAAAACACCGGAGCCUAUGAUCCCCUCCUGUCACUGUGGGGUAGUGAAAAUCUCGAGAUGUCCUUCAAGGCCUGGCUCUGCGGUGGCUCUGUUGAAAUUCUUCCCUGCUCUCGGGUGGGAUACAUCUACCAAAGCCAAGAAGCCAGCUCCGGGACUGACCCUGAGGUCAUCUUGAGGAACAAGAUCCGCAUUGCUGAGACCUGGUUAUCAUCCUUCAAGGAAACCUUCUACAGGCACAUCCCAGAGGCCUUUGCCUUGAGCAAGGUUGUCAAGCCAGACUGCACAGAGCGCCUGAAGCUGCAGAGGAGGCUGGGAUGCCGGACAUUCCACUGGUUUCUGGCCAAUGUCUACCCUGAGCUGUACCCAUCUGAGCACAGGCCCAGGUUCUCUGGAAAGCUCCACAACAAUGGAUUUGGCCUCUGUGCAGACUGCCAAGCAGAAGGUGACAUCCUGGGCUGCCCUGUGACACUGGCUCCUUGCAGUAACAGCCGGCAGCAACAGAACCUGGAGCACACCAGCAGGAAGGAGAUUCUCUUGGGCAGCCCACAGCGCCUGUGCUUCGAUGUCAGAGGAGAGCAGGUGACUCUGCAGACCUGCAGGGAGGAAGGCCCCACCAUCCAUCAGCAGUUCUGGGACUUCCAAGAGGAUGGAAUGAUCAUCCAUAUUCUUUCUGGAAAAUGCGUGGAGGCUGGGGCUCAGCCAAGCAGUAAGGAUUUGUACCUGCAUCAGUGUGACGGUAAACCCAGCCAGCUGUGGCGAUUCGACCAGACCCACCCUGUGGAAGAACGAUGAGUAACCUUGACAGAACAAACAAACAAAUGCUGGGCGCCACAUUUCCCGUAUGUCCUGAGCCAGACCCCAGUGUCUGGGCUUCUGGAGUAGAAGAGAAGAAACUUUGUUAAAACAAACAAGCAAGCAACAAAAAGCUAGAAAUCUUCCCAGGUGCCUUACGGCACUGAUUGUUGACUCGUUUUUGUUGUUUGGUAUGGUUUUUUUUUUUUUUUUUUUUUUUUUUGAGACAGGGUUUCUCUGUAUAGCCAUGGCUGUCCUGAAACUAACUCUGUAGACCAGGCUGGCCUCAAACUCAUAGCAAACCACUUGUCUCUGCCUCCGAGUUCUGGGACUAAGAAAAUCGCUGCCACCUGGCUAUGUUGGCUGUUUUUUGGUUUGUUUUGUUUUUAGCAAGAAAAACAAUGGAUUCAUUGUCUUCACCACCAGACGUGGUCAUCAUGAAGGAGAGCAGAGUCUCCCCCUUCUCCUCCCCACACUCUGGCCACACUGAGCAUUUAACAUUCGCUUUUAUCCCUGACUGUGGGAAGAGGCCCAGGCAUUGACUGGCAGCACUUCUGGGAGAUGUCAAAUCCAGCAGGUAAAUGUCACGGAGCACUCACUCCCUCAGAGAGUGUAUGUGGCCAGUCGUGACAGUUAGAAUCAGGGCUGUGCGGCGGCCUGGCGGUCCGCUCCUUCUGACUAGGCUGACUGGCACACACUUCAUGUCCAUUUGUUGACCCCAAGCUCACAAGGCAGCAGAAGGAUUCAGGGAGGAAUGGGUGGGGCUGGGAAGAAGACAGGAGAGAGGUUUGGUCCAACCGUGCAGCUUGGCACUGCCUGCUGAAGAGUCCGCGGGCCUGGUUGAGACAUUUUCAUGGUCAGGACAGUUUCCUUGAGACUUUCUACCUCCGCUCGUCUGUUCUAGCUCUUCUCUAGCUCACAACCAGAUUUCCCUGCAAUGUAUUCUCUCUUGGGUCACCAGUGCUGGAAGGGUCAGCACAUCAGAACAUGCUCAUAAACACUUAGGAGAGUCGUGUUGGCUUGAUGAGAAAUAGCAACUUAUAAAAGGGGGAAAGCCAAAAUCUUUACAAGGCAAAAUAGAUCUGACUAUUAAAGGUUCCUGAGGUUUGACCGACCACCUAGGAGCCCAUAACAAUUGUUCAAGACCCCCUAAAUGUGGCUUCCGGUUAAAUGUUCACAUGGUUGCAGGACAUCCACCUUAACCAGAGGAGAACCUAGGCUCGUCCACAAGGCUGCUGAGUGAGUCAGGAUGCAGCUGAGAAAAGAAUUCUUGCUCAUUUUUUUCUGAAUGGAAUUAGCUUUCUAUAGGGUAAGCUUAGAAACUUCUCCAAAUACAGUUGUUUCAGAUAAGAACUGGAGAAGACGUGGGUUCCUGAAGUACCUGAGUAAUUUCUGUUACUUCUCCAACUUCCAAGUCAAUGCCCUCUGUUUCUCUAGCCUUAGAGUCACUCGCUAGCUAAUAUCAUGGCCACAAACCCAGUGUGCCCAUUUUUGAUGGAAAUUCACCACAAUUCUGGAAAUUUCCAAACUGUUCCUUGAUUGUCCUGGCACUUCAGGAGUUCAGUAACCACCUGUGGGAAAUGGCUACUGAACCUGAGAACACAGUUAUGAAAUAGCCCGCCAUCACAAACAGUAGCACUGGAUGGCGCUAGAUAGAUUCAGCCCCUACACAGGGAAGAGAUUUCAGCCACCAUCUUCUUGCUUCCAAUCCAUCUAUAUUUAAAACAAAUUCUUCUGACAUGAUGAGGCUGGCAUGGAGCUAAAAGUUUUCAAAUGACAACCUUGUAAAAGAUAGUAAUGGUUGGACAAUAUUUUUCAAGAUCUUUAUUUUGAAAUGAAUUCUAUUAUUAGUAUUGUGAGAAGUUGGGAUAAAUUAAUAAAGCUAAAUGAAAGACUAAAUUCUGUUGUGUGUGUUCUGGUGAUUAACAAAAGGACCCAGAUGGCUCAUUGCUUAAUUGUUUUAGCAAAACAAGAAUGUGGUGUUUCUUGCAUCCUUAACUAUGCCCAUGAUUUAUUAUUUUAUUACAGAAAUGGCCAUCAACUCAGUCCCUGGCUGGUACUUACAGACCCUUAAUUUAAACAGAACAGACACUUCUACUUGCUCCUGAAAAACAAUCUCCUUACAGUGUAACUAGUGCAGUGGAUUCUUAUCAAUGAUCCAUUUAGAAGGAGAGAAACUUGGCGGUGAAUCGACCUGAUUCCCAAGUUUGAGUUUGCUUGUCUGUCUGAUUUUAUGACUCUUUAAAAACAAGAGUUGUUUUUGUGAUUACACAAAGCCCACCUCCCUUAGUAAGGAUCCUACUGGAAGGCAUGGAGAGAAACAAGCACCCAGCUGACUGAAGCCCGUGCCCUUUGGCUGUGACCACAGAUGUCAAUCCAGAAGGGACACUGUAAUGCAGUCCUCUUCUGCUUCAGUGUCAGAGUUCCCACUUCCACAGGUGUCCGGAAGGUCCCGGGACCCUUAACGAUGCUGCCGCUGACCAGGACUCAGCAGCGCUGUGCUUAUACUGCCACACUUGCCUUGAAAAAGCUCCAUUUUCAACUGGUGUGCCAUGAGAACACUAGUUAGACAUGAAAUGACUCACCAAAUCCAGAAAUGCAAACAGGCUAGCCUAAAAUUCAGUAUAUAGCCCAGGCUGGCUCUGAACUUGCAGUGAUCCUUCCCAAAGGCUGGGACUAUAGACACAAGUCACUGUGCCUAGCUAUGCAUUUAACUUUCCAUUCACUAGCCCUGUUGGCGUUGGCUUUGAGGAUCUAUCUCAGUAUUGUGGGUUGAAUGAGAACGGCCCCCGUAGGCCCAUAGAUCAGAAUGUGUAGUCAUCAGGGAAUGGCAUGACUUGUGUAGGAUUAGAAGGUGUACCUUGUUGGAGGAAACGUGUCACUACGAGUGGGCUUUAAGGUUUCAAAAGUUCAAGCUUGCAAAUCCAGAUGUAGAACUCUGAGCUACUUCUCCAGAGCCUUGUCUGCCUGCGUGCUGCCACGCUCCCCACCAUGAUGAUAACGGACUGAAUGUCUGAAACAGAGUGCAAGUCUAAGUAAGUGCUUUCUUUUAUAAGAGUAGCCAUGGUUGUGGUGUCUCUCCACAGCAACAGAACAAUAAUUAGGACAUAAUCCAAGCAUGAAACUCUAUUCCUGUUUCUAUAAGAAUCCCAGAAGAAACAUAAAAAGCGAACAACUGGAGUCUACAAUAUAGGGGAGGGGAUGGAAUGAUGGUUCAGUGGUUAAGAGCACUUGCUGGUCUUACAGAUGACCCAGGUUUGGCUCUCAUAUCAGGCAGUCUGUAGCCAUUUGUAACUAACUCCAAGGGACCCAAUGUUCUCUUCUGGCCUCUGAGAGCAUAUGUAU